AUGGCGCGGCACGGCCACUUACAGUCGUCGCUGUUACGUGCGCUCCUUCUUCUUUUCCUGUCACUUUUCGCGUAUGCAACCUAUGUAACCAGCUACACCGACAUACUCGCUAAAGCUUCAGCGAGCUCUAGCUCCGAAGACCCCGUAGAAGUCUCAGAAUCCGCUGCUGUCGAUCCCGUCUGCAUCUCCGACAACGGCGAGUUUUCGUGUCCUGCACCGCCCCCUGCGCCUGCUCCUGCGGCGCCUUUAGACCCACAUGACCGCCACAUCGUUUUCGUGUCUAUCGCUAUCAAAGGACAUGCACAACCGCUGCUCCGAGUGGCCAGCGAGAUGAAAGAACGAGGAUAUCGAGUAUCCUUCGCCACUCACGACUCGGGGCGGGAGUGGGCACACGCCUACGGUGUCCCCUUCCUAUCAGCCGGAGCCUUUCCCAUAUCCGCUGAAGAUCUGCGCGUCAAGCUCCGAGCUAUGACGCGGGACGCCUCGAAUUUCCGAGGAAUUCUAACCAUGUUUAACGAUAUUUACGUCCGAGCAGCAAGACCCAUGUUCGACGCCCUGCUGCCUCAACUGGAACAUAACGGGACCAAUGCCAAUGCGCCGGACAUAUUGGUGAUGGAUAUCGCCACUGUGGGGGCCCAAGAUCUCGCACAUAAACUGAAAAUCCCGUACAUUCUGAACUCCCCUUCACUGCUAUUUGAUCUGGGAGGAGCGCCGAGUUAUGUGCCUGCAUGGGGCACAGGAUUCAGCGAGAACAUGUCACUCUGGAAUCGGUGUAUGAAUAUUCUAUUCCCGAGGUUAUUGUCAGUGGCAUUAACCCCGCCGUUCAUGGAGCUCAACAAGAUGCGAUAUGAGCUGGACUUGCCACCGUUCCGAUCCCAGCACGAUUUGUUCAAAGGAGCUCGUGUUAUUCUGAACACAGCAUUCGGGCUUGAGCAUCCACAACCUCUUUCUCCGCUCGUGGAUGCUGUUGGACCGAUAAUGCCACUGGCUAGAUGCGUCAAUUGA